CUAGCUUUGGUCUUAUCUUCUCUCUUUCUCUUGGAUUGGUUCGUAGUUUAGUUUGUUCGCAGAAAGGUCGCUAUUCUGUUUGAUCCGUAAAGCAAGAAUUCUCAUUCUUGGAGAGAAAAAAAAGUAGAAAGAGAGUUAAACCAGUUUGGUUGGUUUCGAGAUGGAAUUUUUGGAGAUCAAUCCGUUAAACCAGUUAUGUUUUGGUGAAUCUUAAUGAUUCUCGGAGGGAGUUGACGCAUCAUUGUUCAUUCUCUGCACCAUUGCAUUGAUCCGUGCUAAUCUUGGCUUAAUCUUCGUCUACUACCUGCUCCAGCAUCGUAAAAACUCAUGUUUAGAUUGUUUUCUAUGGUGAAGCCUUUCGAUGAUAUCGAUACUGAGGGAUAAUGGCGGUUUUUUAAGGACUUCUUGAUUUUUUGGCCUGUGCCAUAUGACGAGGUUUUUACCUGUGAGGCCUUCUUGUCCCUUUCUUUAAUAGUGGUCGGUCAAUCCAUAAUUUCUUGACUCAAUUUUAUCUCUUCAAUCAUUCAUAUUGGAGCAAAUUCAGCUGUAACUGAGAAUACAGUGUUUUAUCUUUUACAUUAGAAAAUAAUAUAAAUCUCAAAGCUACGUAAUGAAAAAUUUCGAAGUUAUAUAAAAUGUCUAGUAUUCCAUAAACCAGUACUCUGUUACUUUGAAAAUAUACUGUGCUUCAAGCUUGUGAUUUAUGUGUUCAUGAAGAUGUUAAUAGAUAUGUUAAAACACAUGUUCUUCUGUAAAUAAGUUUUCUACAUCGUGGCUAAAUUAGCAUAUGCAAAGAACUAUAGAUAGUUAUACGGCAUAUUGAUAUAAAACUAUAAUAAUAUAGCUAAUAUUGUAGCUUCAAUUAUUCUUAUAAGCAUCCAAUGAAAUCUAAGUGGCCUGGCCCAGUGUUACCGGUUUCCAGCAGAAUUGAGCAAUAUUCUAUGAGGUGGGCUGAAAUAGGUUUGUAUCCUUUUAGGAACCCCAUUUUAGUUUGCUAAACUUUGAUACCUUGGGAAACCCUCUAUAUUAUCAAGUCUUUUAUUUGAGAUUUUUUAAUUAAAGUGUAACCCUAGAGUGCUUCGUCAUAACCUCUGCUUACAGAUAUCUGACAUCUUGGAAGGUAUCUCCAAUUUUUUUGGGCUACUCACAUGUUUAGGGCAGCCAAACAAUCAGCUGAUCGGUUACCUGGUGCCAAACAAGCCCUUUAUUUCUCUGCAAAUGAUUUUGUUGGUUUUUCUUUUUUCCUUUGAUCUCCGCUGAUUGUUUAGGUUGUAUUUUUUGUCCGCAAUUGAGGCUUAGCCUCCCUUUGAUGACAAAAAAUAGAAGAAACCUAUCAGGAAGUAGAUUUUUACCAGGUUUGGUAGAUAAGGAUUUGUUUGAUUUUGAUUGAUAUCCAUCAAUGCAAGCACCAACCUAUAGAAUGACCUGCACAUGAUGUAAUUUACGAUCUUGUGGAAAUAAGUUAAUAUUAAUUAACCUAGAAACCUAAUCCAAGAGGAUCACCAUAUUUGAUAUGGACUAUUUUGGUCAUUAUAAGUAUUCAGGAGGAUCAUCAGACUCGAUGUGGAUCACUUUCGCCACUACGGAUAUCCAAGAGAAUAACCUAACUCGAUGUGGAGCACUUUGGCCACUACGAGCAAGGCUAGACAGGAUUUAGGAUGAAGAUUUGCUACAGGGUCUGGAGGGCGGAGCCCCUCCUCCAACCCGCCCCCUCUCUCUCCUUCCCUCCCCCUCUCUCUUUUCCUCUCUUUCGUUCUCCCUCCCCCUCCUUUGGUGGUUUUUUGUUUUGAAUAUCGGGACCGUCCCGGUUCGCUACUAGCACAGCUUGAUACACUCUGAACCAGGCAGCUCGGGACGGUUCCACAUUUCUUGGAUAUAAUUCUAUAUAAAAGGAAGUUAGGGUGUCUUUCACAUUUUGUUUAGCUAAUGGUAAAUUAUUGAUGGAGAUGAACAUAUACUUUGGAGCUCUGAAAUGUUGUUCAAUGGAGACAAGUUUCUCCAUGCAGCUUAUAGUGGUUUUGCCACUAUGGCUUUAAAAAAAAAGUUGGUCGGGUGUAGUAGUUUUUGUUUUCCUCUUGUGAGUUCAAUGAAUUAUAAGAAUAUCUUGUAACUUGUAAUGAUUUUUUUUUUUUCAAUUCUGAGUUUUUUCAAUCUUGAAGUUUGUACCAAGUUUACAAUGCCAUCCAUUUGAACUCUUAACCUUUUUUUAAAAAAAUAUUUUUCCUUUAUUCUUUUGUUAAUUGUCUUUCUAUUUCUCUCAAACUUGCAAGAUCCAGAUUCGCAAAUUUGUGGUUGAGCUCCUACAAUUAUCAUAUUUUGAAAAUCUUACUUCUGGUGGGCUGCAGCCGUUUGCUGGUUGGUUUUUUUUCAUGUUCUCUAAAUUUAUACCCCCAUUAUUGUACACUAUUGAUACGGUAAAACACUACAUAAAACCAAACCAACUUUCACUUUAGUAAAUCACAAUCCUGUGGCUCUUAAGUAAUCACCAUUGUUAAUGGUUGGUACAAUCUAAUUUUGUUCAUCACCACUAUUCUUAUCGGCAAGUAGCAUGGGAUGUUAUAUAGCUAAAAAAAUCCAGUUUGUCUUAUGAUCUUCCAGUGCUUGUCUCUUUGACAUUCUUGUCAAAUCUCUCGAAAAUUGUGAUUCAAGUCACCUGAUGGUGCGAACGCAUACUUAUCCCAAAAAUGUCAUGUUUUACUAAAACUAUUUAUCUUAUGUGCUGACAUUACAUUCUUCCUAGUUUUAUUGCUGUUAAGCUUCCUAAUGUGUAAAUGGAGUUUUGUCCUCUUUUGUCAUAACUCAUCAUAGCAAGUAUCAUAGACUAUGUCGCAAGGUUCACCAUCUUGGUACCGGAUCUUGUACCGGUACCAUCCUAUUACAGUGUUGUCACGCAGUACAGUACAAGAUGAUGAGACGUACCGAGUGUCGGUACGGUAUGAGCCUGCGUACCAGUAGCAGUAUGGUACAGUAUUGAUUGGUUCUUAUGCUGGACAGCUGCCAUGGACUUUGGUAUAGAUAUGGGAUCCUCUAGUUUUCCCACAAAAUGCAAGUUGAGCAGCAGAACUGUUUCAUCAGAGUCGUUAUACAAAACUGCUCAGAUUCGACUCCUCAGCUGCCACCCUGAGGUGUAUGAGCCAUGUGAUGACUCAUUUGCCCUAGUGGAUGCUCUUCUAGCUGAUAGAGCAAAUUUGUUGCAGCACAAGCCAAGGUUAUGCAUGGAAGUGGGCUGUGGGAGUGGCUAUGUGAUCACAUCUUUGGCCCUCAUGCUUGGGGAAGAAAACUCUGGAGUCCAUUAUUUUGCAACUGACAUCAACCCACAUGCUGUGGAGGUGACUCGUGCGACACUUGAAGCUCAUGGUGUACAUGCAGAGAUCAUCACCACAAAUAUUGCUUCCGGGCUUCACAAACGCCUUGCUGGUAUGAUAGAUGUGGUGGUGGUUAAUCCUCCUUAUGUGCCAACACCUGAAGAAGAAGUUGGCUGUGAUGGGAUAACUGCUUCUUGGGCUGGAGGAGAGAAUGGACGCAAGGUGAUAGACAGGAUCCUUCCUGUUGUAGAUGAACUGCUUUCAGGUAAGGGUUGGCUUUAUAUGGUCACCCUCACAGCCAACAAUCCUUCUCAGAUUUGCCGUUCAAUGAGAGAAAAGGGGUAUGCAUCUCGAAUCAUUGUCCAGAGGUCGACUGAGGAGGAAAGCCUCCAUGUUAUCAAGUUUUGGCGUGAAGAUAUUGCAGAGAUGGAGGGGGCCAGAGCUGUUGCUUCGGGAUCUGAGUCAUGGGUAUCGCAUUUUCCUCUCAGAUCCUUCUGGCGUGGUAAUAAUGUGAGUAGUGGCUGAAUUGAGGAAAAUGAAUGCAUGGACCUCUAAACUUGGUAUCUGUAGUUAGCUUUUUUUUCUUUUGAUUCAUCUGGAUUGAUUGAUCACCUCUUUGCCUGUUUGUUUCACCAGCUGGUGUCCUUUUAUCUGGUAGGUAAUCAUCAGCUAAUAUUGUGGGGGGUGAUCUGUAAUAUUCGGAUGCUACCAAUAGCAGUCUUGCUGAUUGAUGCUUGUCAAUGUGCACGAAAGGUUCUAUUCAGGAGUUGUACAUUGUAUGCAUCAUUUCUAGUAUAGGAUAUUUGUAUCAGGUGUCUUUGAAUGAAAAAUUAUGGGCUUUGAAGCCUGUAUCUCCAUUUUCACUCAGGAAAA